AUGAUGGGAUACGGGGGUCAACCGUUUCACCAUCAACAAGCGCAGCAGCAACAACAACAACAGCAGCAGCAGCAGCCACAACAACCUCAUCAGGCAUCGCAUGUUCAGCAUCCGCUGGCCCCGCAGCGCCAGCAUAUUCCGUCUCCAUCAUUGGGCGCCGCCCCAAAUUUACCGCAACAUGGAGGCAGUCCAUUCCCCAGUAACAAGACUCUGUAUCGUGCGGGUCCAUCCCAGCAGCAGGCAUUCUCAACAGGGCAAUCGCCUGAUAUGCGCAAAAUGGCUCCCACAUCAUCGAGUCCUUUGACCGGUUACCCGGCCGCGACUAGCUAUGGGCAGUUCCCCGGUCAAUUUGCGCAACAGACUUCUCCAGACUUCAUGUCUCGCCCAGACUUUAUGACUCGUAAUUCCGACCCGAUGGCCCUGCAGAACUUACAGCGUGGCUUCCAAAAUCCCAUGGCCCAUGUCCGCGCAGGGCCAGGAAUGAGUCCUUCAACUAUGGCCCAAGGUCACGGCAUGGGUAUUCCAUCGCCUCAGCAGUCGUUGAAUAGGCUGCCUCACUCGGGCAUUCAGCAAAGAGAGAGUCAUUCGUCUGCCAGUCCAUCUAUGGCCAGUCCUUCAAUGUUCGCCAUGAAUCAGCAGCGCCAGCAGCCGCAGUCUCAACCACAGUCACCUCAGCAAACGCAGCAGCAAUUGCAGCAAUACCAGCAACAGAGGCAGCAGCAGCAACAGCAAUAUCAGCAGCAGUACCAGCAACAGCAGUACCAACAGCAACAGGAGCGUCUUCAGCAGCAAAGGUUGGAGCAGCAACGACUCGAGCAACAACAGAAGCAACUCCAACAGCAGCGCCUGGAAGAGCAGCAGCGCUUAGAACAACAAAAACAGGAGCAGCAAAAGUUGGAGCAACAGAAGCGACUCGAACAGCAACGCCAGGAACAACAGCGACUCGAGCAGCAGCGUUUGGAACAACAACGUCUCGAGCAGCAGCGUCUAGAGCAACAGCGCCUUGAACAGCAACGUCAGGAGCAACAACGACUCGAACAGCGGCGCCUGGAGCAGCAACGCAUAGAGCAACAGCGCCAAGAACAACAACGCUUGGAGCAGCAGAAGCAACAGGAACAGCAACGGCUCGAGCAGCAGAGGCAGCAGCAGCGUCUUGAGCAACUGCGGCUCGACCAAGAACAACAACAAAAAUUGGAACAGCAAAAAAAGCAACAGCUGGAGCAACAGAGAUUGCAAAAGUUGCAGCAGCAGACCAUGGCGCACAACCCAUAUCAGCAACAGCAGCAAUCUCCAUUCUCCCAACACUCUCAAAUCCCUUUCCAUCAAUAUCAGCCACACGCUCAAGCUCAAAAUCAAUACACGCAACAGCAGCAUCAGUUCCCUCAGGCUCCGCAGCAACCUCAUUUCGCCCAACCUCAACAGACGCAAUUCCAACACUAUCAACCCCCCUCACAGGCAUCAGUAGAGAAGCCUGCCAGACCCGCUGCGACCGCUGCUCCAUCUGCGCAUGUGCCUGCGCCUAGUGGCAACCAGACCAUCAAGCCUGAACACCCGAGUCCCGCGCCAAAGAAGAAGUCAAAACCUAGACAAUCAACAGCUGCCCAGGCUUCAACUCAACCUCAGGUUACUCCUCAGUCUCAGCCUCAGGUCCAAGCUCAGGCCCAGCAUCACGUUCAACACCAGGCUCAAGCCAUACCAAAUCCUCCUGCGCCCGUUGCGGCAACGACUAGCGCACCAAUGCCGGCGAAUGGACAAGUACAACCCCAAGUAGGUACCGCGACAGCAGCCGGUGGUGUACCUCCUGCCGCAGGGGCUCCCGUAAAACGCAAGCGCGGACGGCCACGGAAAGAGGAAGUCGCAGCCAGACAGGCCGCGGCGGCCGCAGCAGCCGCGGCAGCUGGUCUUCCUCCUCCACAACCUGGACAACCAUUCAAUGCAAACAUGGCGUCUUCAUCUGCUGGAACGACUAUUCCUCAAGUUCUGACUAUCGGUCCGGAUGGAAAGCCGCAGCUUCCCAAGCGUAAACGUGGUCGUCCUCGCAAGGCUGAUCAGAUCGCCUGGGCGGAGUUGACCGGUCAACCCCUUCCACCGCCGAAACCAAAGAAACCAUCCGCUGCGAAGAAACCCGGAACUGGGCGACCUCGUGGUAGGCCCCGCAAAGCAGAUGUGGCUGCGGCGGCAGCGGCUGCUGCUGCUGCCGCUGCCGCCGCCGGUAAUGGUGACGGUGAUAGGGCACAGGGAGAGACCAAGCCUCAACCAAGCGACAAGGCGGACCCGAAUGGCGCUCAGAAGCGCUCAGCGCCCGUUGACGAUGACCCACGAAAGCGACCUUGCCCAACACCUCCAUACCCUCAACAAGGUCAGCCUCAGCCUCCAGCUCAGCAACAGGCACAACAAUUGCCUGCCCAGAGUCAAGCGCAUUCGCAACACACUCAAGCAUUACCGAUGCAACAGCAACAGCAUCAUGGACUUGCACAAGCGCAGCACAUGCCGCAGCCAGGACAGCACAUUGGACAUCAGUCUGCUCAGCAUCUUCAACAACAGCAGAGCCAGCAACACGCCCAGGGUCAGCAAUUGCCUAUGCAAGGUGGUCACCCCAUGUCCUUGCCGCCACAUAUGCAGAUGCAUCAACAGGCUGGCGUUCACCCUGCUCGGCCAUCACCAGCUCAUCCAUACAUGCAAAAUCAAAUGCCGUCGAUGCAGUCUCCGAUGCAGCAGUCGCCAAUGCAACUUCCUCAACCGGUUCAUGGACACCCCUCCCACCCGGGUCAGCACCAGCAACAGCCUGUGCAAGGCCAGCACUUUGCUCAAAGUCGUGCUCCCGCGCAUCAGCAGAAUCGAGCUCCACCGGCGCCAGCACCGCAGCAUCAGCACCAACAUACAUUCCAGGUUCAGCUCCAACCUCAGACAACCUAA